AUGGCGACCGACUCCCCUCUUACGUUACGUACCGAAUUCUUUCAACAACUAAAAACCCACUGCGUCCCCCUCUCCCGCCUCAUCCUUGCCCCCAAAGAUGUCCCCACAGACUUCAAACUCGUCCUCCACCACCUCUCCUCCCUAACCACCCUCUGGACGAUCCAAUCCACCCACAACCCCACAAUCCUCGACUCCAACAUCGCCUCCUACGUCUUCUUCCCGCUCUCCCACUUACUCCAAGACCGGGAGCGAUACCCGGUGCGGGUGGUGGAGGAGGUGCUGAGGUUGGUGCGGGUGUUGGUGAAGGAUGGGUGGAAGGGGGGGAUUGAGGGGGGGUUGUGGAGGCAGUUGGUGCUUUUGAUGGGGUUGCUGAUUGGUGGUUCUGGGGGGGUGACGGGGAAGAGGGAGAGGGAGAGGGAGAUGUCGGAGGAGGGGAUGGUGGAGGGGUUUAGGACGUUGGGGGUUUUGUUGGGGGUUGUUGGGCCGGGGCAGUUGGAGGGGAUGCAGACGCAAACGCAGACGGAGCAGGCAGGCGGGGAGAAUAACAAGACAAAGCUGGCGCUCGCACAGGCGGUGGCGGUGAUUCUGGACGGGAUAACGGAAAGCGAUGUGGUGCAGGUGCAGGUCGAGGCGGCCGAGUGUUUGUGGACGAUGUUUUCGACAAUCAAGGACCGAUCUGUGCUGGCUCAGUUCUUUCCGGGGACCGUGUCUGCGCUGGCAAAGUUGCUGUCUCCGCCGCAAGCGAAUCGGACACAGAAACGGUUGCUUACCAGAGGUCUGGAGAUUCUGCAGCUUGUUCUCACUGCUGUUUUGGGGGAUCUAGGUGUCAGGUCACUGCUUAAACAACUUGAGACCAUCAAGGAAAGCGAGAAAACAUCCCCCGCAGAUCGGGAUGUAACAUCCGAGGUUUCUAGCCUAGGAGGAGAACCACUGACAGCAUCAUGGCUGCGAGCCACAGCAGCCCAAGUCAAGAUCGCACUCGCAGCCGUGCUCAAACUCCGCGCCCACGACUCGGACGACGUCCAAUCCGCCCUCCACAAACUCUGCAUCACCCUCCUCGACGAAUGCCACGCCUCGUUGGCCGACUGCCGGAUCAUCCUCGUCGAAACAGCCAUGAUGCUUGAAGACCCAGACGCCAACAAUACCACCAAUAACCAACCACAACUACAAACCAGCCUCCAAGACCUCAUCACCAUCUACCCCUCGCUCACCAACCCCGUCCAAUCCGCCCUCUACACCUGGGUCACCGGCCUGCCGCGCGUCAUGCAAGCCAGCGACGAGCGGGUCAAGCAGCUGGCUGUGCGGAGUAUUCUCCGGGGUACCAAACUCGCUGCGGCGUUGCAGAUGGACUCAUCGACGCUGGACGAUGCGCUGGGGGCUUCGUUAAGGGAUAGUAUUGUUACACUCGUCAGGGGGGGGAAGCCAGUGCGGAUUGUGGAUGAUGGGGUGGACGUUUCUUCGUCUAUGAGUGGGGGUGCGUUGGUAGUGGGGAAUUGGUCGGGAGAAGGGGGGAAGUCGGUGUAUGCGCCUGUGUUGUUGGACGCAGAAGGGCAAAAGACAACAAGGGAGGAAAUCGGGUCGUUGAUCGCCAACACCGGGUCUGCGGCGCAGCAGGUCACAAUCGCGAUGGCCAUGCUGGGACAUGUGCGGGACUCUGAGGGGGUCGAGCAGAUUGCGUCGUUUUGGCUAGCCUUCCAACUCAUCAAGGCGACGUACUCGCAGUCCGCCGACAUGGACGAGAUGUUUGAUCUCUCGUCGCUGGAGGAGUCGCGGCACCAGGAGGAUGCGUUUCGAGAGCUGUACGACUUUUCGGCGUCGGUGUUGGCCGCACAUUCGGACUCGGUGGCUGCUGACUGGCGGUUGGAGGCUGUUGCGCUCGAGGUGGCUGCUUUUGCGGCGGCGAGGAUGAAGGUGGAUUUCCAGCCUGAGCUUAUCGAUGUGCUGUACCCUGUGACGACUUUUCUGGGGUCGGGCAUACCGCAGCUGCGGAAACACGCCAUUAUGACGCUGGAUAUUGUGGCUGCGUCUUGUGGGUAUGCCAGUGUCUCGGAUUUGAUUGUGGAAAACGCGGAUUACAUGGUCAACUCCAUCUCGCUGCGGCUCAAUACCUUUGAUAUCUCGCCGGCGUCUACCAAGGUUUUGACUAUGGUCAUACGCCUGACGGGGCCGCGUCUGAUUCCGUAUCUGGACGAUGUCGUGGCUGCCAUCUUUGCGGCGCUUGAUAAUUAUCACGGGUAUCCGGUUUUCGUGGAGAGUUUGUUCGCUGUGCUGAGCGAGGUGGUCACGCAGGGCGUCAAGUCGGAUGAGCUGCUUCUCGAGGGUACUCGGAGCAAAAAGGGGAUUGAUCACCGGAAGCAAGCUCCAACAUCUCAAGGGAUCCCGGGGAUCCUCCAGACCCUAAUCGCCCGACUUGAUCGAGCGGCUCGCUCGGCACAAGAACGAGACCAACAAGCUGCUACUCUGGCAUCACAUCCCCAUCCUCAAAAACCCUGGGGUCCGCCCAAAGACCAAGCCGCUUCCCUCCUCGACAAACUCACCAAUCCCGAGGCUGACCCUGACCAAGAAAACCAAGAGGACCAAAACCAAGAAGUCCAAGACCAAGAAGUCGAACCCCCCAAACCCCCAACCCACCACCUGCUCACCAAAAUCCUCUCCCUAACCCAAAACCACCUCACAACCCCCUCCCCCACCCUCCGCAAAUCCCUCCUCCACCUCAUCACCACCGUCUCUCCGGCCCUCUCCCGCGACGAAGACGCUUUUCUCCCCUUAGUCCACGCCGUCUGGCCUGUAGCGAUCACUAGACUGUGGGAUCGCGAGCCGUAUGUGGCUGUGGCUGCGUGCGAGGCGUUGGGGGGGCUUUGUGAGGGGGCGGGGGACUUUUUGGGGGGGAGAUGGAGGGGGGUUUGGUGGGAUGGUGAGAAGUCAGGGUCAAAGUCACAGUCGCAGUCGGUAAGGGGGUGGAUGAGGGGGGUUAGGGAAGGUGUGAGGAGGGGGAAUAAGGGUAAGAUGGGGGAGAAGUCUGGGUAUGGGAACGGGAUACGGGCUGGGACUGGGAGGGGGUUGGUGGGUGAUGAGAUUCACACAACACACUCCUCAACAACACACUCCUCAGACCCAAACACAUACAUCCGCCCUUUCACCCAACCCUCCCAACUCUGGACCGCCGCCCUGCACCUACUAACAUCCAUCGCCACCUAUGUGAGGUUGGAAGACGACAUGUUCGACGACAUUCUCGAUCUCGUGGCUGACGUCCUGCCGCAGCAGCCGGCGCUGAGGAGGGCGUUGGAAGCGGUGAAUGCGGAUGCGGUUUGGUUGGUUUUGUAUGAGAGGGGGAUGGGGGAGAUUAUAAGGGAGAGGCCGGUCUGGGAGGAGGAGGGGGGUGAUAGGGAGGGAGAGGGGGGGUUGGAGUUUGUUAGUUUGAAGGAGGUGGUUGUUGUUUAG